CAUGGUUGUCUAGAAGUUGUUCGCGCUCUACCUUGAAGUCGGUAUCUGCCAGAAGCGAGAACAGAUACAAAAUGGCGACGCAUAUAAGCCGCUCUGGUUCAGCCGGCUGGCCGAAAAGCGCGCCACAGGGUCAGUACACGGGAAAAUACUUGGGAACCAAUCCGUCAAACCUUCUCAACUUCACACUGAACCGAACUGUCAACCUGUAUCCUCUAACGAACUAUACGUUCGGCACAAAAGAGGCGCUGUAUGAACGAGACAGUUCGGUACCGGCGCGGUUCCAGCGCAUGAGGGAAGAGUUUGAGAAGAUUGGCAUGCGGCGGUCCGUCGAAGGUGUCCUGCUGGUCCAUGAGCAUGGUCUCCCCCACGUAUUACUAUUACAGCUUGGAACCACUUUUUUCAAAUUACCUGGUGGGGAACUCAACAUGGGAGAAGAUGAAGUGGAGGGACUAAAAAGACUCAUGACCGAGAUCCUGGGCCGGCAAGACGGUGUGAAGCAGGAUUGGGUCAUAGAAGACACUGUUGGCAACUGGUGGCGUCCAAACUUUGAACCCCCGCAGUACCCCUAUGUUCCACCGCAUAUCACAAAGCCCAAAGAACAUAAAAGGCUCUACCUUGUUCAACUUCCUGAAAAGGCACUUUUUGCAGUCCCUAAAAACUACAAGUUGGUGGCUGCCCCAUUGUUUGAGCUCUAUGACAAUGCACAAGGAUAUGGCCCCAUCAUUUCCAGCCUCCCUCAGGCCUUAAGCAGAUUCAACUUCAUCUAUUUGUGAAUAAUGAAAUUGGACAUUUAAAGGAGUGUUUUCUUCUGGCAUUUCACGCAUCCGUCUGGCCAUAGGGAGCUUCAGUAAAGGCUUCCAUAGUCAUCCACGAGCGAGUCAUGCCCAGCACAUAGCUUGUGCACCCACUCAUUCGCAGCCUGCUUCACCAACCAGAAUUCAGCUAUUCUAUUUCGUAUUAGAAUAAAUGUGUAAAGACACUUGCUAAACUUUAGCUUUACAGCAUCUACUGUAAAUCAUCGUGCUGGUUAUUUUUGUUGUUCUUUAUUUACACAUGCAUAUGUGAUCAUGAUUGCAAACGUGUGAAAUUGUGUGUUAACAAGAGUAGAAAUUUCAGGUUUACUUGAUUCUGUCUGCACCUAUACACUGGUUCAUGCCAUUGUCGGGCUCAUGAAGAUGAAGCUAGAUCAUUGCCUCAGGCUGAAGGCCUGCAGUAUUUUUUUCCUAUCUGGUUUCAGAAAGUAUAUACACCAUAUGAAAAUCACAAUCUCCUGAUCCUGCUUUGCUGGACAAGCUAAGCUAGCAGCAUCUCCUGAAGUAGUGCAAGCAAUCCGGAUUCACCUGCUCCAUUUCUCCUUGAGAUUGAAAACACUUCAUAACCAAGAAUGCAGAUGAGCAAGCAGAUUACAGCUCUGGCUAGUUGUGCUUAUACUGUACAUGCUUGCAAAAAGCAGCCCGGGAUGUGAUCCUGUGCAGUUGGCAUUUCUAUGCUUCAGGUCAACCUUGCCAUUUGGACAUGUUUCAGGUUAACACAGCAUUCUAGAAAUUGAGCUUGAUUAGCAACAGUGCAGAGUUUUUUCAUUGUAUUCUGGGGUGGUCGUGUGUGAGAGCUUGACUGGUUUAUUUUUUCUGUUUGUGUGGUUGUUUAUGCUGGUAGUGCAUUUUGUCAUUGUCUGUUCUACCCAGUGUGGUAUAAACAUGCACCUGUCCAGCUGCUGCUUGCAUCUACGUUUCUUUUAAUACUUCCCUCUUGCGGGCACAAAGCGCGCAUCCUUCCAUGACUCGUUUCUUUUCCAUUUUCAUCAAACUACAUGCAUCUUCUGCACUAUGAAGCACUAUAUACAUUUUACUUGAAUUGUGCGAUUUCAUUUGUGCGUAGGAAUUGUUUUGCCAUCUACACUUCUGUCAUAUAAUUUAGUUGAUGGUAAUUAGGUGUUUGUAAAUUGUGUAGACUGCACCACAUGCUGCUUUGUGCAGAAGUUGUUAUAUUGCAGGAACCACGUUGCUGUGUGCAUUUUUUUAUGUUAUACUAUUAGUUGUUGUUAUUUAAAUGCUGGUAAAUUGUGUAGACUGUACAACAUGCCUUCUACAGAAUUUAAAUGACACUCUUUUUUGUUGUUGUUAUAUUAACUUUUAUUAAUUUGCCUCGCUAAAUGUGUAAAAUGAGUAAACAUAAGCUUUUUUUUCAGCUCCACCCAAGAAACAUAGAUGUGACUUUUUGAGUUAUGUAGAAAGAUUGACUGAUUGACACAAGGCUAACACAGUCUGUCAGUGUUAAAUUCUUGUAAUUGUUUAGAGUGGAGUGUUGAUGCGGUGGUUAUAUGGCUUUUUCAUAUUCACCAAUUUAUGAAAGUCGUAGAAAGCAGGGUUAUGUUGACAAAUCUGCAAUAGAAUAAUCUUCAUGAACAUGCAUGUGAUAGUGUGUAAAGUGACAUCAAUAAUGAUUUCAGCUCGAAAGAUGUAAAAUUGCCUUUAGUAAUGCAAGGUUCGCAAAAGUCAUUACAAUAUUGUGGGUAAACAGAGGAAGCCUCCGAACACAAAGCAAACAUUUUGACAAGAGGACUUGUGUUUCGUGGCAUCAGGGUUUCACGAGUUAGAUAUUUGUCAGAAUGUUGGCUUUUCAGGCUGAAACUUUCUGCCAUUACCCUUCAUCAUUGGUCUUCCUUACAAUGUACCAGUAUGCUGUAGAGCGGUGCAUACUUUUUGUUUUAGAUUCUGUAAUAAGUAUUUGCAGGUGUUAAAUGUUUCUGGUGCAGAGUACAAGUGAUAACCUGAUGUUUCACUUUUUUAAAUUGUUGCCCAAGUGAAGCGGUUAUGCAUGCAUGCCACCUGGAGGCAAGCAGUGGACUGUCAUAUUUUUCAUGUGAUCAUGUCACUGUGUAAACGCUUCUCACCUCUGUUUCUUUGGCUGAAGUAGAGAUUUUUAUGAUGCGGAUGAGCCUGCACGUGCACAGUUGCUCUUUGGUUGUAUUUAAAGCCAGUAGCUGUGGUUGCACUAUAGUAGUGUGCUCAGGUAGGGUACAGUAAAAAAAAACGUUCAGAGGUUCAUUAUCUGGCGAAUGUUUUGUUUGUGCGCCAAAGAGAGGAUAUGUGUGUGUCCAUUAUUUGGCAUGACAUUUCAGGGCCGUAAAACAAUGCCCAGCAAAUCUAGCAAGCUUUUUUGCUCAUAUGUUGCCCAUUGCUAAUGCUUAUUGGUUGUAUCAACAAUGAAGAGGCAGUUUUGGAGCCUUUUUAGCGUCGUUUUACAACACACAGUGUUGAAUAUGAAGCUCAUCGUCUUUCUCUUCUUCACUUGAACUUUUCACCCUCGUGGCAACAAGUGGGUCUUUGCAGUGGACCACUUGUUGCCUCAGCCAAGGAGAGCAUCCAAAAUGGAAAAUAAACAAAAGGGGAAUAUUAAGGGCUCGUUUUUUUUCUUCGUUAGAACGUUCUUAGACACGCAGCAAUGCUGAUUAACUCUCCUGUGUUUAAAUGCACAGAUACACCCAAUAAGGUGGACGGAAGGAUGACCGCCGCCGUAGCUCAAUUGGUAGAGCAUCGGACGUGUUAUUCAAAGAUUGCAGGUUUGGUCUCCGCCGGCGGCAAGUUAUCUUUUCGUCCACUUUCAUUUUUUCACAUUUAUAUCACAAUUGCUAAAACUAACAUCCCCUAUACUUUCCUUGGCUUGAUUGUUAGUUCUCAUCGAAAUAGAAAAUAAUACUAUGUUAAAGCCAUCCACCUCUUCUUUCUCCCCCCCCCCCCCUUUUUUUUUGUUAAAGGGGACAUGACACAGUCACCCGACAAUUUGCAGUUUUCAGCGAAAAAAACUGAAGGACACUGUAAAUUCCAAAGUGUGUUCAGCUAAAGCCUGUGGCCACUCGACUGACUAUGCCAUGGUAUCAGGGGAAUCCACAUUCUUGGGGCGCUUCUCGGAACCACUUGCCGUGGAAUCACCACCGGGCUGCUUAGGAGCCAUCUGACUAACUCGACUGCUGCAACGAGACGUCUGACAAAGGAGUGUUGCUACACGCGCCGCUGUACCAUCACGUGAUUGCUGAGAGAGUGUGAGGGGGCACGGACGGAUGCCGCCGCCGCGUUGCGCAACGCGCAUUAGAAGGAGCAACGCGCAAUUGUUGCUAUGCGCCGCAGUGCCAUCACGUGAUUGCUGAGAGAGUGUGAGGGGGAGAAGUCACCGCUGGCACCGUUCCAGAGCACGGGCGCAGUUGGACGCCGCUAGUAUGAUACAUUAAAGGUUUUUGCCUUAAAAUAGAAGUAGAGGGUCUUUUGUGCACAUACAUAUAUGAAAAAUGGACUGUAAAAGAGUAUUUCAGUGCAAAAUAAGCCCCAGAAAUCGCCAGCUAUAAACCCUGGCUACCGCCAUUUAGCCAUUGCAUAUGGGACAUCAUGUGCCGCAUAGAGCGGAGCCAUCUUCUACCAAAGUUUCAGCCACUGCAGAUUGUUCAAUUUUAAUGCCAAGUUUAAAGGGGUACUGACACCUUUUUUCGAAGGCGAGUUUACUGUGCCAUACAUAUCUCCUGUAUGACGAGACGGCUCUGAGCAAGUGUGAAGGUCAAAAAAUGCUGAUAAGGUAUUUUAAUUUGAUAUUAAUGUCAAUUUUUCCAUGGCGCACCUACUGACAUUGACACUAGCUUGACGUCAGGCUACAGUACAAAUUCUGGUGACUUCACGCAGCAGUCUGGCUAUUUGUGAUGACGUUAGGUACCAAAACUUCCAAGAUGGCCGCUUGUGCGUCAUCAAAACUUCCAAAAUGGCCGCUUGUGCGUCACCAACGGAGUCACGUUGCGGAGCGGCUGUGGAAACGUCACUGUAUAUUGUGCGAGCACGUGACGAGAAGCUCGUACCGUGCUGUGACGUCAGGGUACAGUAGGAACCGAAACUAGCUUUUAAAAACAUACUGUAAUUACUUUUUCAGGGCGAACUCGCGCUUAGCACUACCUUUUCUAGGCUCUUGUGGGCUUGAACGUUCAUUUGACGCAAAAAAACGACAACUGAAAAUAUUCGUGUCAGUACCCCUUUAAGAAAGCUGAAAUAGCUAAAUUUCACGCACAGCUGACCACGGAGCACAAUCGUUAGCCAGAAUGCCAAGGCUCGCACAGCAAGCAGCUUGUUAUGUCACACCUCUCGAAUGUGCCAGUGUUGCCCGACUGUCAGGCCACUCCCGUGCUUAUACAAAUAUUUAAUUGUAAAUGAAAGGCUUGACCAAAUGGGCUAAAAUUUUGGCAGCUUGUUUGUGAACACAUGAGGAUUAGCACACAUAACGCAGAUUUUGAAGAUUGGGUGUCAUGGCCCCUUUAACUAACCUUGGUCAGCCUUUUCAUUAUUGAUUGUUAUAGAGAUUGACUGCAAUUCACACCUACUAUGCUGCUAUUCCUAGAGAAGUAUAGUUUUUUUCCCUCUUUAUUAUAUUCUUGAUUUUUUUUAAUGUGGUUCAGUCCGCAAUAUGAAAAACCAUCGCAUGUCAUUCAGUGCUGUUCACUGGUGUACAUUCUUUGCUUCUGUGAAAAAAAAGUAACACUUCAUUUGUGCUAUAACAGCAGUUAUUGCAAACAUACAAGUCAUAGCCUCAUUCACUACUCGCUGUGUAGUUCUCGUUGUGAGGAAGCUGUAAUUGACCCUUUGCAUUUCUGUUCCGGAACUAAAAAAAAAAUUUAUCUGCAUGAGGACAAAUCUACUGUUUCCACUAAUUCACUAAGGGCUCAACAUAGCUGUAUUAAACUGGCAGCAGUCAAAAGUGCUCUGCAGCAAAUAAACUUCGGUUAUGUAGUAUAGUGCAAAGCUUUAUAUUCACUUUCUCAUCACAGCUCCUAGGUGCAGUUAAAGGGACUCUGAAACAGUUUUGAUGACUUUGUACAAAUGCACUGAGCCGGUAGCAACAGUCCGUCAGGUCUUUUGCAGGCCAAUUUAAGUGCCCUGCGUUAAGUGUGUCAUUUAUCAGGUCUUAAAUAUGCGCAUAAGUACAGAUCUCUGUGGCACUGCCUAAAGAGUUUUCAGCCACCUCUGGUCAUUGCAUGUUGCAUGGGUUCACAAUGCCGCACAGACAACCGAUCUCUGUGGCUUUCCCACUGACGUCAUUGGUCAUUUUUUCAACCUGAUUGUGAACAAAGCCAAUUGCAUAACACAGUGCUCUGUAAAUGUAGAAACAUGCAGCUUUUACCAGAGAACGCUUCAGGGCAAACUAGCGGUGCAAAAAAAUAAUGUGACUGACAACGGAGCAGCAGGCAGAACGGCGGGAUGAAAAAUUCUCCUUCCACUUGACUGUAGAGGUUUCAUGUUUCACAUAAAACCUGUACACCCAUGGCUUUAAGUUGUGCCGUUUUCGUGUCAGAUUUCCACAGAAGUUAUUUCCUUAAUGUCCGUAAUAGGGACAACUCUCCUGUUGUUACUUUGAAUCAACCUAUGCGUUUUGGUGGCAGCACAUUUUGUUUUCUGCAGUGUCCUCUUUACUUUCUUUCUUUUUACUUCACUUUUUUUUUUUGCGUCUUAAGUUAGCUAUCGUCUGCGUUGCCACCGCCAUUCAAAAAGCAUUGAAAUUUAAAGAUGGGUAUUGAAUGACAUGAUUCUUGCCUGUUUGCAUGGAGUGAAUUACAAUACCACUUUAUUUUGGCAUGUUGAUGACAAUUGUUUGGCUUUUCACAGUAUUUGUGUAUCUAAGCAAAUCCAUUAAGGCUGCAGAAGCACAGCAACCUUCCAGCCCCUUUGUUUUCUUUCUACUCUUUGAAUAUUUGCAAAAACCUUCACAUAACCAAAUACUCAGAGUGCCAAAGUAAGCAGUGCACCCACACCCUAUAAGAGCUCCCUCUUUUGACAAGCUGCUGUUUGGUAAUAUUCAAACUCUUAAAUCUUGAUGCCAUCCUUUGUAACCAAGUCCAUCACCAAUUUGUCACAUUUUUGGUGUCACUAGGUUGCUCUGUAAAUCUGCUUGCCGAUAAUGAUGGCACAAGUUUCUACAUGAGUUGGAUCUCUGAAGCCAUGAAGUGAAUUUUCUCUUUUUUGCAACCCAGGCACAUAGCAAAGAAUGAAUGCAUAUACGUGUGUUUUACUGAAACAUUGAUUUAGUUGCCUGCAUUGGCCUAAAAAAAAAAAAGAUUGCUUUUGCUUGGCAUUCUGUGUGUAGGAACUUGCAUGUAGCAGCUUAAAAGCAAAAAUGAUAUGGCUAAAGUGAAUUUAAGAUUUAUUUUCACAAGUUAACUUGUGUUUUGUUGCACAAAUUUCACGCAUGUCACUGUUUUGGCAUUGAUCACUCCAUUUAAGUGUCCUGCUUAUUUCUUUUGUGUUUGAGCUGUAUUAUGUCAGCUUUCAGCCUUUUGUAACCUGUUUCAUGUAUCAUUGAUACCGUGUACAGAUGCAGUAAAGAAGUUCAUGAUGUACAGUUG